UCACAAAGUGAUAGGCUGAAAGGUUGCACUUGUCACUAUUUGUUGUCCUGCAGCUGUCAUGUUCUAUCACUCGGUUAGAUGAUCCUGUCAGGUCUAUGUUCCUGUUUGAAGGUGGUUGGAUACUCAACAUUAUAUCAACUGCAGUGGACCAGAGACAGAGCUCAUAGAGGUACCAGGUGAAGUCACACAUCAGAGCUACUAACCAACUACUUGUCAGUACAGUUGGAAUCAUACAGUAGAUAUUACCAUUACAAGUCAGUUAGAAAGGUUAUCAAACAGUUAGUUAAGAUGGAUGACUACGUCAACAAAGAGGUUGUUGAAAUUGACAAGGUUAUUGAAGGAAACCAGAAUGGAGCAAUGAGGAGAGUGACAACUGAGACACAUCCCUCAGCACCUGACGGUUCAGGGAGAAGACUCUACGGGAUGGUUGCUGUAGGCUUUGGGAUGCUGUGUGUUCUACAAGUCGCUCUCAACAUCUCCCUGCGACUAGUCUCAGACAGUCUGACUGAAGAGAGAGACCAGCUACCGGCCAGUUACAACGACCUGAUUAUAGAGAGAGACCAGCUCGACAAGGAGAAAGAGUAUACUGUGGGAAAGUGUUCUAAUCCGGGCUGGAACAAGUUUGAAUCCUGUUGGUACUUCGUCUCUUCUGAGACUAAAACCUGGAGUGAGAGCAGGCAGGACUGUAUGGAGAGAGGAGCAGACCUGAUGAUCGUAAACAGCAGAGAGAAACAGAGAUUUCUAUUUGCCCUCAACAAGAGAGCCUGGAUUGGUCUGACUGACAGAGAGACUGAGGGGUCCUGGAAAUGGGUUGACGGCACACCACUAAUAACAAGUUACUGGAUAAUCGACCAGCCUAAUAAUGGACGAAGUGUUUCAACCUUUCCGGGGGAGGACUGUGUUGUACUAAGAAAUGGACAAGACCAGCCUGAAAAGACAUGGAAUGAUAUAAAUUGUGCACAAAAACAUAUCUGGAUUUGUGAGAUGUGUAACAAUAACCUACUGUAACUACCCAUCCACCAUCUCCCCUUCUCCAUCUCUCUCUAUGACUCUCUCUGACUCUCCCUCUCUCAUCCUGUCUCCAUACUUACUCGUUUAUGUUUGUUUCAUUCUGAACAUAUGAAUCAAAUUCCCAUUUACUUCCUGUGAUGCAUUAGUAGCUUCCUGUCUUCAGUCAUUAAAUGGACACAUCACAGACACAGACAAUGAUUGAGACACAACACAAAAAGUAAACAGCUGCAUUAGAACAGAUAGAGGAGACCAGUAUGAGGUUGUAAAGUCAGUACAGUCGACUCCUGAUAGGUGCACAUCAGAUAAGUGCAAGACCUGGGUUCAAAUACAACUUGAAAUCUUUCAAAAGCUUUGAGUGUUUGCUUUAGCCUGCCUUCAGAGCCAGGUGGGUACUGGGGCUUUUCUGUUGCAACAGAAGUAUUUUAAAUAAUUUCACACGGAGAGGCAUUCUGGUAGUACUCCUUAGACACUGGAUUCAUUUAUUAGGUCUCGUCAUCUCCGAAUUCACAGACACCCAAAUGUAAAUUUUGACAUGGCCUAUUGAUUAACAAGACACACCGUUUAUCUUAUUAUUUUGUGAUAUAAUUUUCAGUUUACCUUGGAACAUAUUAUCAUUAGAAUUAUUUUACAUUGUUGUGUCUCAAUGGGCCGCAAGGCUAUAAAUAGGAUUUAUGUGCAAUGGUCAGGUCACUCUGAGGAAGAUGUCAGCUUUAUGUUGAAAUGUCAGUCACCUGUUCGCAUCCUGUACAAUGUAUUAAAGUGAGCAAUAAGAAAUCAA